ACGUGACGUGCAGAGCUAAUUAUAUUCGCAAGUGAAUACAAGUGAAAAGAAAUUUCGACAAAAUGUAUGGUUACGACGAUCUUUUAAACCCGAUAAAACGUAACUUUCAGUUGGGCAUGAUUAAUUUUCUAGAUGUUAAUUGGAAAGCUAAUGUUUGGUCGGCCGCUUCAUUAUUCUUAAUGGGUACACUGGUUUGUGGCACAUGCACUUACUUUUGCCGACAUGUUACAGUCAUUGAAAAUAUCCAAGACGCUGCAGAAGCUGGUGUAGUUUUUGGAUCCGCAUUUGCACUGUACGUGAAAUUAAUUGUUUCAUUGUUGAAACGAAAAGAACUAAUUUCCUUUUCAGACAGCAUAAGCCAACAAUAUUCCCAAAGUCUUAAUGAGCAUCCAGAUAUAACCAAUGUGUUUGCAAGACAUUUUUCUUUAAUUACAAAAGUAUUUUCCGUUGUGGUAUGCCUUCUACCAAUACUUUAUACAAUAACAUCGCUGGUCGGAAACGACGAGCCCCGACACCCAAUUUUCAUGGAAUUUCCAUUUUUCCCGAGCAAAGGAUGGCCCUUUUACCAUAUUAUCUAUUUGAUGCAAAUUAUCAUUAUGGGGGUGGGAUGUAAUUUAGCGCUUGGUGUUGAGUUUUUAACUUUCUUCUUCAUACAAUAUGUGUGCUGCCGCAUUGAGAUUUUAGCGCAUAUGGUAGAACAUUGGAAUGGCAAACUUGAAGAAAAUCAUUGUACGGCCAAAAGAAAUAAUUUGUUGCUUGAAGAAAUUGUGCGAUAUCAUUCGUCAGUCAAACGGAAUAUGGCUGCUAUUAAGAGAAUUUUUUCGCCGGGAUUGAUGGCCACUCUGCUAACAAAUUCAAUGGUCAUCUGUAUGUGCUUGUUCAUCAUAUCUGUGAAUCCUUUACCGAAAAUCUGUUCACACAUCGUUUUUGCGUUGACCCAAACAUUCAUGUACUGCUUUGUUGGAAAUCUUUUAAAAAACCAGAAUGACAAUUUGGUUGAAAAAGUUAUGCUGAUCGAUUUCUAUUAUCUGGACGUGCCUGAGAGGAAAUCAUACAUGAAUGUCGUUCAAAGCUCGUGCAAUCCAAUUAAAUUGCAAUCAUAUUUCGUAACCGUUGAUAUGGCUCUGUUCUUCAAAGUGGUUAAAUUUGCAUACUCUGUUUUUUCACUGAUGAAAACUAGAAUAUAG